AUGCAAUUCUCUCAGCUCCUCCUGGCCACUAUCUUCGCCGCUCCCGCGGUCCUCGCUGCCCCCGUCGCCGGCGUCUCAAUGAUGGCCGCUGGCCCUGAAUGGACCAUCGAAAGCAUGAAGCGCGUCUGCGCCGCCAACGAUUCCUCGUGCACCUGGACCUUCGGCAUCUACCCCGGCUCUGGCAGUGCUACUUCUUGCACAUACGUUGUGACUGCCAACACCGCCUCCCAGGCCAACGGAGGUCCCUCCAACUGUGGUGACUACACCAUUACUUCUGGCUGGAGUGGGCAGUUUGGUCCGGGUAAUGGCUUCACCACCCUGUCCGUUGUCAACAACUUGAGUCGUCAGAUCAUCUGGCCUGCCUAUACCGACAACCAACUUGCUGGCGGCAAAGUCGUCACUCCUGACCAGAGCUAUGCUCCCGCUGCUCUCCCUUAA